AUGUCUGGCUUAUUCCAGAAUAUUCUGAAAGGUGGAUCGAAAGAUUCGACCGCAGGAGCGAAGCAGGAUGACACAGAUUUCGCCGAGUUUGCAGCGUCUCCUCAACCUCCCGUUGCGUCGGUUUCAACCGCUCCGGCUCCUGAUUCUACGGUCGCUGCGCCGGUGAACACCGUCCCCUACACCAAAUGGUACCGGGUAUGGGAGCGAACGUCGCCCAAGGAUUUCUUGCAAGAGGCCUUUGUUCUCCCAUUUAUACUUUUCAUCGUCUUCUUCCACGUCUGGGGAACGCGCAAGAAUCGUCGCAAGGCCAAGGCUUGGGCACAAGCUCAUAUCCCCGUGCUGCACAAUGAAUUCGCCGUGGUAGGAUAUCGAGGGGUGCGGAGGGGAGCCCCAUUGAAGGAUAUGUCUUCUUCAAAAGAUCUAGUUAUUGAUGAUGACCUGUUGAAGGAGAAGUCUCCCAAUGAGUUCACCACGUAUGCGACAGGGCGACAAAACGUGGCGUUUGUGGACGUGUCAAUUCAGCUGUUGAAGAGAUACAAUCCAAUGUAUAUAGUGGGUGAUACGAUCUUUGGGCUCUUCUUCGAUUCGCUGGCACCUGCGACCGAGAAGAUGGAAAUUACUGCUUAUCCCUUUGAUGGAAAAGAGAAGGAUUUGGUGCCCGCACCCCCGGCCGAGAAGGAACAGUUGAGCAAGGGAAAUAAUUCGACAUAUGACGGAUUUGUCUUUGCUGUCGCGCAUAAGAACGCCAUGCGGAAACUGAGGCAGGACCGAUAUGACGUCUCCCUAACCUUCACAAAGGAUAAUCCUAAGCUUCCAGGAUGGGUUACUGUUAUGAGUGAAAGUGCCGAAAUCACAGACAAUAUACUCACGAGCGAACUCAUCAAAGCUAUUGAACAGGCUGGGGACCUGUUCGAGUAUCUGAUCAUUACUGACCAACCUGUCGAUAAGCCAACCAAGAUCGAGGAAGCAGUCUCCAACAAGCGCACUAUUCUCUCCAUCCGUGUUCCGUCUUCGACUUCUUCCACCGCUUAUGCAUCUUCCCUCCCGCUGUUCCACCUCUUCCUCCGACUCACCGACCGGCUCGCUUCCACUGGCCGCCUUCGCCAAGAAGUUCUCCGCAAACUCCGGACGACCCGUGAGGAAGAACUUCGUAAGCUGCGCCGAGUAGCCGAAGAGGAGAAAGCUGAAGAACGUAAAUUAACGGCCGAAAGGUUGAAGAAAGAAGGGCGCGAUAGAAUGUUACGUGGCAUGUCUGCUGAGGAACAGAGAAAGUAUCUAGAGAAGGAGAAGGAAAGAGAGGCGAAAAAAGAGUUGAAGAGACAUUCAAGGAGAGCAUGA